ACCAUUCUUAAUGUCAACGUCAAACAUAUAAAGGUUGUGGCAAACUGAGGUUGAGUUACAUCUGAAGGUGAAGUGACAUUGGACUGAGGCAGCUUCCAUCCCAAGGCAGCUACAGACAUACAAUUCAGAGAAACUUUGUGCAAAAAAGAUUCAAGAUGCUCCUGAUCAUCCUGAUUCAACUCCUGAUCGUCGCAUCAGCAAAUGUCCAGGCAACCACAACUGUAGCAGCUACAACUGCAGCACCCACCACUGUAGCACCUACAACUGCAGCACCCACCACGACUGCUGGUGGUGUCAUCACCACCACGGCCGUAGCACCCACCACGAUGGUUGCAGCACCCAUCACAACUCCUGCUGGUGUCAUCACCACGACUGCUGCAGCACUCACCACGACGGCCGCAGCACCCACCACAACUCCUGCUGGUGUCAUCACCACGACGGCUGCUGGUGCCGCCACCACCACCACGGCUGCUGGUUCCACUACCACUACCACGACUGCUAUAGCACCCACCACGGCGGCUGCUGGUGCCACUACCACCACCACGGCUGCUGGUGCCGCCACCACCACCACGGCUGCUGGUGCCACUACCACCACCACGGCUGCUGGUGCCGCCACCACCACCACCACGGCUGCUGGGGCCUCUACCACCACCACGGCUGCAGGUGCCGCAACCACCACCACGGCUGCUGGUGCCACCACUACCACGGCUGCUGUUGCCACCACCACCACGGCUGCUGGGGCUUCUACCACCACCACGGCUGCUGGUGCCGCCACCACCACCACGGCUGCUGGGGCCUCUACCACCACCACGGCUGCUGGUGCCGCAACCACCACCACGGCAGCUGGUGUUGCCACCACCACCACGGCUGCUGGUGCCACCACCACCACGGCUGCUGGGGCCGCCACCACGGCGGCUGCUGGUGCCACUACCACCACCAUGGCUGCUGGUUCCGCCACCACCACCACGGCUGCUGGUGUCGCCACCACCACGGCUGCUGUUGCCACCACCACCACGGCUGCUGUUGCCACCACCACCACGGCUGCUGGGGCCUCUACCACCACCACGGCUGCUGGUGCUGCCACCACCACCACGGCGGCUGGUGCCACCACCACCACGGCAGCUGGGGCCGCCACCACCACCAUGGCGGCUGCUGGUGUCAUCACCACCACGGCUGCAGCAACCCCCACAACUGCUGCAGCACCCACCACGACGGUUGCAGCACCCACCACCACGGCUGCUGGGGCCACUACCGCCACCGGGGCUGCUGGUGUCAUCACCACCACCACGGACGCUGGGGCCGCCACCACCACCACCACAGCUGCUGGGGCUGCCACCACCACAACGGCGGCUGCUGGUGUUAUCAGCACCACGGCUGCAGCACCCACCACAAAUGCUGCUGCACCCACCACGACGGUUGCAGCACCCACCACCACGGCUGCUGGGGCCACUACCGCCACCACGGCUGCUGGUGGUGCCACCACCACCACGGCUGCUGGGGCCGCCAUCACCACAACGGCGGCUGCUGGUGUCAUCACCACCACGGCUGCAGCACCCAUCACAACUGCUGCAGCACCCACCACGACGGCUGCUGGGGCCACCAGCGCAACAGCGGCUGCUGUUGUCACCACCACCACUAACACUGCUGCACAUGCUGGGAUCGUAUCCGUGAGCAGUCUGGUGUUCUGUCACUUCAGUGUUGUUCUCUUCAUGUCCCUCUGUACCGUGUGACUUGGUUGUACUGGUGUUUUUUAAACACAUUUAUCAGUACCUACAAAGUAUUAUUAUUUAUAUUUAGAUACACACUGGUGUUGAUAAGAUUAACAAUCCAUAUGAUACAAAGUGUUAAAAAUAAGUUUGUGCUUAUUUAUUGUAACUCUCAGAGUAAAGUUACUGAUAACUUAUAAUUUUAUGACUGAUGAAUGACUGCUGAAAUUUGGUUAACCAAGCUGAACUGGUGUCAGUGUUUUUUAUUGUUGGAGCAGUGCUUCAUUAAACUUUUCAACUGUUGUUGUCGAUAGAACUGUUUUCUUUAAAGUGUAUUAUAAUUCAUGUGAAAAGACAAAUCUAUGUUGAAGCCAGAAUGUGGACGGAUUAUUUAUUUGGGUCAUGAUUUGUUAUUUCACAGCAGAUAAAUAAAAUGACACAGCAACAAA